AUGUUUUCAAUAAAGAUUUUCGUUAUAUUUCAUUUAUUUCAAACAAUUUCAAGUCAAGGCGAUAGUUAUGAUACAUCAUGUACAUGUACACAAACGUCGAGUACUGGUUCAUUUUGUUGGGCAUGGAAAUGUCGAACAGAUCAAGUAACGAAAUGUUUUUCUAGUGAUGCGACAGUAGAAAUAAUGACAACAAAACAACGUAAAUCAAUGAAACAUUUGAAUAUUGGUGAUCAAAUACUUGUUGAUAUUAAUAAUCAAAAUCAACCUAUAUAUGAAUCUGUUUAUGCUUUUAUACAUGCAAGUUCAAAUGGAAUUUAUGAUUAUUUAAAAAUAACUAUCGAUAAUAAUUUUGAACAACCAUUGAUUAUUUCAAGUAAUCAUUUGAUUUAUUGUUUUAAUCAAACAAAACCUAUUUUUGCUGGAUAUUUAAAAAUUGGUGAUCAAUUACAAAUGAUAUCAAAGAAUGGAACUAAACAAUCUGGAUCUAUUAUAGAUAUUAGAUUGAUUAAAAGUCAAGGCUUUUAUGCACCAUUAACACUCAGUGGGAAAUUAGUUGUAGAUGGUAUUGUCGUAUCAAAUUAUGCAGUUGUUGCUAAUCAUCAACUUGCUCAUUUCGUAAUGCAACCAUAUCGAUGGUGGAUUUAUUUUAUAAAAUCUUCAUCAUAUUCAGAAAAUAUUCAUUGGUAUUGUCAAGUUUUAUAUAAUCUUGUAGAACACAUAAAUAAAUGGUUAUUUUCAAUUGAACUCUAUGAUGGAAGUAUUAUUGUUUCAAAUAUUUAA